AUGCCUUGGGACGAGUCCCGCGGCCGGUUUACGUUCCAGGCUUACCUCCCAGCCGUGAUCGGACCGCCUACGCGAGGUGUGCCCUGCCGCGGCCCGCGAGUCUGCCACCGCCUGGACUUCCGCGUGGGAGGCCCCAUGGUGGUGGCGACCUCGGAGGAGGCGAUCCGGAGCCUGAUGUUCUGCUUUGCCGAGCAGCUGGUGGAGAAGGAGUAUCGCGCGAUUGUGUCCGGAAAGGUGGAGGAGGAGGGCGCGUCCUUCACCAUCGAUGAGCCGGUUGAUGGGAGGGCCGCCUGCACCGACGUCAAGGUUCUGAAGGUGGCGCCCUGCCCCCAUCAUGGUCACCUUACUGAACUGGCUCUCUCACCCCGUCAAGGUCGUUAUCGCCAGCUCCGACGGCACUGUGCCGAGGCGCUGGGGGCCCCCAUCGUCAAUGAGGACGCAGGCGUGGUCUACGCUGCGGCGGAAGCUUGGAGACGGCGGGGGAAGGCUUUGCCCUCGCCUUUGGUGCGGCAUGUGGGCCGCGGCAAGGGCAACCUCUUUCUGCAGAAGCUUCGGGUCUCCCUGCCGCCGCCCGAAGACUUGGGCUCUUCUGAGCGGGUCACGGUGGAGGUGCCCCCCUCCGAUCGCUUCGAGCUGCUGAUGGAUACCUCGGCCCGGGCAUUCGAGUAUGGCUGGCGAACGGACCAGAUUGGUGAGACGAAGCUCAUGGAGGACCACGUGGACGACUCCGAAGCGCGGCAGGAGGAGCGCGCGAACGCCAGUCUGGGCUCUUACUGGUCUGGGCUUGUGCGGGCCUGGGCUGUCGGGGGUCUGGGCUUUCAGUGGUCCGGGCUCGUGGGGGUCUGGUCUGGGCUCUUGCUGGUCUGGGCUUGUGCGGAUCUGGUCCGGCUCGCGGGGGUCUGGUGUCGGGCUCUUUCGGGUCUGGGCUGUCGCAAGCUGUUGCUUGCGCAUCUGGGCGUUUUCCAAUCAGAGGUGCAGCAAGUGAUGCGAGACGAUCCGCAGAGGCUAGAUCGCAUCGCAGGGGGCCAGGACCUGCAGCGAGUGGCCGAAAGUCCGCUGCUCACAGGCCGCGUGAUUGCCCAACUGGCGGCCGAGGAGAGCUACCGGAAGCCGCCCUAUGUGACUCCUCCGGGACUGACUGGUGGAGUCUGCAUCGUGGCUGAGGCAGCUCGAGACCUGGGCCUGCGCGACGGCGGUCCCCCCGGUUCUGCGGCCGGGGACGAAUACGGCCCUGAGCGACCGCCGGCCCCCUCCAUCCGUUCCCUGGGAUUCCUCGGUCCUGGCGCGCUCCGUGCAGCGCUGCCCGAGCCACUGAAGGCACUGGCAGAUCCUGGCGGUCUCCUGGCCAAUGACGAGGUCCGGAUUCCCCUGGAGUUUAUGGCCCAGGGGCCUCCGCCGUCAUGA